AUGCGCCGGGCGCUCAAACGCACAAGGGAGACGAUGAUGACUGAAUUGUUCAACAAGGCGAUGCGCCGGCGCACGGUGCUUGGCGGCGCGGCGGCGAUGGCCGGCACGUUGGCCAUGCCGUCCAUCCUGCGGGCCCAGGACCGCUCGCUGAAGGUCGGCGUCUAUGGCGGCUACUUCAAGGAUUCGUUCGACGCCAACAUCUUCCCGGUCUUCACCGAAGAGACCGGCAUUGCCGUUGAAUCGAUCGCCGAGCCGACCGGCGAGGCCUGGCUGGUGCAGCUCGAGCAGGCGGCCCGUGCCGGCCAGGCUCCGGCCGACGUGUCGAUGAUGGCACAGACGCCGACCCGCCGCGGCAUGACCACCGAUCUUUGGGCGCCGCUGGACCCGUCACGCAUUUCCAAUUUCGACGAUCUUCUGCCGACCUUCGUCGCCGAAUAUCCCGAUGGACGGCUGGCCGGGGUCGGCGCCGUUGCCUGGUACAUCACGCUGGUCACCAACACCGACACCUAUCCCGAGGCGCCGGAAAGCUGGAUGGCGCUGUGGGACGAGGCCAAUGCGGACAAGCUUGGCCUUCUUGCGCUGGUCUCGAACUCGUUCCUGCUCGAGGUGACGGCCAAGACGCAUAUGGGCGGAACCGAUGCGCUCGACACCGAAGAGGGCCAGUUGGCCGCGUUCGAAAAGCUCGCCGAGGUCAAGCCGAACGUGCGGUUGUGGUACCGCGACGAGGCGCAGUUCGAGCAGGCGCUGAAAUCGGGCGAGAUCCCGAUGGGGCAGUACUACCAUGAUGUGACGGGCCUUGCGGCCGCCGAUGGCCAUCCGGUGCGGUCGACCUUCCCCAAGGAGGGCGGCAUUCUGGAUUCGGGCAAUUGGUGCCUGUCGCGCGCGUCCGACAGGUCGGACGAAGCCCAUGUCUUCAUCGACUUCAUGAGCCGGCCGGAAACCCAGGGUCUGCUGUCGCGCAAGGUGGGCACCGCGCCGACGCUUGCACGCGGCGUGCUCGACCUGACCGACGAGGAGUUCUCGGCCGUGUCGUCCGAGAUCGAUCCGAUCGUGCCGCGCUACGAUCUUUACACGGAGAAGGGCGACUGGCUGAACCAGAAAUGGACCGAGCUGAUCGUCGGCUGA